GACUUCACAGUGGACAUCUACUUCCGACAGUCGUGGAUCGACCCGCGACUGGCGUUUGACGACUGUGGGCCGAACGCGAGCCUGAGCGUCGGAGCGCAGAUGCUGUCGAAGCUGUGGGUGCCGGACACGUUCUUCGUGAACGAGAAGCACGCCUACUUUCACGACGCGACGACAAAGAACACGUUCCUGCGAAUCAGCGCCAACGGGCAAGUGUUCGUCAGCAUACGGCUAACACUCACGGCUAUGUGUAUGAUGGUCCUUAAGGAUUUUCCCAUGGACACGCAGAGAUGUUCUAUUCAGGUGGAGAGCUCCAUACUAUCCGACCGCACAAGCACGCGACAAUACGCGGCGCGUGACACACUGAGAGCCAACGAGGAAGUUGUCGUCGCCGUGACACAUUCACCCCAAGAUGGCCGGCGGCUGUACGACAGUUCAUUGAACGCGACACCAGCAAGACACAGGUCGCUGUCCCACCACUUGCAAGAGACAACGAACGUCGAUAGCCUUCAGUUGUGGUUUAGUCGUCACGAGACGUUGGUGAGAUUCGAUCACUAG